AUGUCCACAAAACCUCGGAUGUUUUUCACCGAGUCGCGGGGAGAUGUCGAUUUGGACCCCUUUCAAUUGGAUGCUUUGAGACCUUUGCUGUUGGAGCAAGAGAUGCGCAUCAAGAAUCAUUUCGAUCAUCGGAUGGAGCAGCUGAUGAGAUUGUUGGAACACUCGGAACAUUCGCAACGAGAACCGGAAGCGAAACCUCCGAGAGCUUCCACCUUUCAAAAUGUGGGCUCGGGCCCUUCGCCAGAUGAUCAGUUGGGCCUCAGGGCUGGUGUAGCCCCUCAUUUGCUCCAACUCAUAGAUCGGGUGAAGGCCGACAAUGAGAAGAACAUCUUCAAUCAUCCACAGGCUUCAUUUGUGAGUGCGUUACCCUUAUGGGAAAGUGGAAAGUGGAAACAGGCCUUAGAGCAAAGCCUUGGACUCUACGAAUAUGCGGUUGAUUUGCUGGUUGUGAUCUAUGCUGUCUGCUUGGGUGUGGAAAUUCAUCACACCAGCAUGAGUCGUUCAGAGCCAACAUGGGCGUGGACCUUGGAGACCGCAUUUUGCGCAUUCUUCUCAGUGGAUUUGCUGAUUCGCAUCUGCAUGGAGCGCAAACGAUUUUUCACAGGAAGCCGUCGUUGGUGGAACCUCGUGGACUCACUUUCAUUGUCAAUGCUCUUGGCGGCCUUGCUGGAAGGCUCCAGAUCUCUUGGCAAUCUUUCGGCCAUGAUACGUGUUGGACGGAUCAUGCGACUUGCCAGGUGCUUGUGGACUUUCAGAAGCGCCUUGGCCAGAUGGACACAACUUCGACAGCUACGUGUCUUGCUCACGUCCAUGGCUGAAAGCUUCAAGGUCAUGGUAUGGCUCGUGCUACUGGUGCUCAUCUUCAUCUAUGUCUAUGGUUUGGUUUUGACGGAAAGUAUUUGGGACAGUUGCCCAAAUGACCAAACGCCACUGGUGUGUAGGAAAUUUGGUGACUUGCUCUCCUCCCAAAUGACCUUGUAUCAAAUCAUUUACAGCGGACUGCUGUGGGGUGAGCUUUGGGAUGAACUGCAAGAAAUGGCGUGGUACGUCCGGAUCGUUUUCUUGUCAUAUGUUGUAUUUGCGCUCAUGGUGUUGGUGAACACCAUCACCAGCUUCAUUUGCAGCCUGCAAAGCACAGUCAGCAAGAGGGAACGAGAUGUUUUGAUCGACAACGAAAUCGAUUACAACGAGCGUUUAGUUCGCCAGUUGUACACGAUUUUCAAGGACUUUGAUCAGAACGGCAAUGGUGCAAUUUCCUGGGCCGAGUUCCAGCUAGCCUUGGAUGAUGAGAGAAUGCAUGCGUUCCUCAAUGCCUUAGAACUGGAUAUGUCGGAUGCAGUGAAAGUUUUCCAGAUUUUGGCAUCGGAAAAGACGGGUGCAAUCGAAGAGUCUGACUUUUUGUUGGGCUGUUUGCGUUUGCGCGGUGGGGCCACUGCGGUUGACAUGGUGCGAAUGCAAAUGGAGCAGGAAUGGAUGCAUAGUGCACUUCUACAGAUGAAAACCUUGAUGCAUAGAGCCAUUGGCGACUUGGCAACUGUGCAACAGACAGUGGAGAGGAAGAGCCUUUGGGGUGAGAGCGACAGCCGCUUUGCACAGCAAAGUAAUUUCAAUCGCCAGGCCUCUGCCAUUGCUCGUCAAGGCACUCAAGGCAGACGACAAGAAUCCAAGCAGAGCUCGGUUUCAUCAUCCAGCGAUGAGCCGAUUCAUACCUAUGAACGCACAAAUCUAAAGACAUUCGAACGAGCAAUGACCCUCGAACAGCUGAAGAUCAUUGACCAGGAGUUAGAUCGAUGGUGUCGGGGAUGGACGGAUGCCUUUACAGGUGCCGCGAUUUCAGUAGCCACGUUGAACCUCUAUCAGUUCAACUAUCACCAUGUCCUGUCCCAAACAGCUCCACCAGAGGGCGUGCUGCUUCAGUGGCCGGCUUCGCUGGUGAAGGACGUGCCAGCGAUCGGCUCGACAGUGUUUCAAAGAUGCCCCCAGAUGAAGCUUCCAAGGGCCAGUGGCAAAGUCAUCCAAGUCAUCAGCGAAAGGGACAGUGAGAACGGAAUGGACACGCUAACUCUAUGUGUUCGAUUGGUUCAAGGACAAUUCAGCAGAAACAUCGAAGAAGUCGUGUCGAUGGGCGAGUUUGAACUCUCAGCACGAGAGAUGACUGUGACAGCCCGAAAUUCCAUAAGCUACAAGGAGCUGCUUUCGCCAGAGGCGUGUCUUCCAGUGUGGUACUGCAGCCAUUGGUGGGGCGAACCGAUUCGUUCCUUCGUGGACUGCUGCCAACAACAUGCCAUUCUGAGACGACUGGGAGACCUGGGUUCCUAUUGGGUCUGUGGGUAUGCCAAUCGUCAACACGAACUUGACCUGGAGAUCGCAGAGGAUGUGAUCCAGACGUCCUUCUUCUCAGCCCUUAAGGUAUCAAGAGGUCUGUUGCUCAUCCUGGAUGAGGAUGCUACGCCUUUCUCCAGGAUUUGGUGCGAUUACGAGCUCUAUUCGGCUGUCAUGAACCCCAACAUGGAGCUGGAUCUCGCAGUAAGCCUCAUGCAUGGACGACAGGAAGCCAAGAUCAUCACCAAAAAUUUGGUUCCAGGGGAGUCGGCCGUGGCGAAAUCUGCCAGGGAACAGGACUUCCCCAUCUUUCUGCUGGAUCGAGGCCUGGAAGUCUGUUUGGAGAAAGGCAACACGACCCAGGAGCGUGACAGGACCAACAUCUUCCAGGCCAUUGCCCAAAGCAAAGAGUUGGAGUCAGCAGAAGGGCAAGAAAGAUUGCAUCGGAAUUUAGAUCGUGCAAAUCAGACUUUGCAUUCGACUCUGGCAAUCCUGGCAUGGCCUCAAGCCGUGCACAAGAACCUCUUGCCGAAGCAUGCCAAAGGUUUACAGUCCGGCAAGUUGAACGUCUGCGAUGCUUUAUUGAAAGACACUUCCCGAGAAUCCUUGGAUCUCAGUUUGGCACACUUCGACGAGUCGUGCUCAGAUUCUGUAGUGAAAGCACUGGCGGAGUCUUUGCCACCGUGCUUGGUGAAUUUGAAGCUGAGUUUCGAAGGUUGUGUUCGGAUCACAGAUGUAUCUCUCCAAGCUUUGACGGCACGACUGGUGCAGUUGAAGCUGAAGCACCUACAUCUGGACUUCGUUGGUUGCAAGAACCUGACUGAUGCAGGGCUUCGCUUGUUGGCCACUGCGCUUCACAAGUCGAACCUCGUUGAGUUGGAGCUCCACUUCGCUGGCUGCGUUCGACUUCACAGCCCAGGUAUUUCUCAACUGCAGGAGAACUUGCCUUCUUCCCUUCGCAGCUUCAAAGGAUGUCUGAAAAAAGAGCUGCGUGCUGCAGAGCCGGAUUUCGUGCUGGCGCACGGUGAGCUUGGUCGAAGGCUAAGAUCACCGAAUCCGUGGGUGCGGUGCACCCCUGUGCUGCUUUUUGGCGUCCCUGUUGCCUUAACUUUGCUUCUUCUUUGA